UGGUUUGCACAAACAGCUUUUUCCUGUGUGAGUGGUAGACAAACUCUUAGGCUCUUCUGACCUGGAUAUGAUCCUGGGAGCAGUUGCUUGACUAGUUUAUUAUGCAUCAUCUCUUCCUGGAGAGGCGGGGGAAAGUCUGACAGCUGCAGUACAUACAGUAGCGGCCCCUUGUGAAAUCCGCCCAGAACACUCAUUGUGUUAUUGCAUGAAGGAGAGUUGCUUGUAAUGUCUUGGUAUACAGAUAGCACAUUCUUUGUCUGUUGGUUGCCUUAGUGACCUGGAAGUGCUCAGGUUUUGAUACUCUUCUGUUACACCCCAAUGCAGCCAGUAUUUUAACAGGAAAUAAACAAAGCGUACUAAAAACUCAGGGUAGCUAAAAGAUCCAGUGUUCUUCUCAGGAUUGUCACGCUGUAUCUUCCGUUUGUAUUGAAGGCCCUCUUCACAAGUGACAAAAGGUUUCUAUUUCAGUCCAUCUCUUAUCUCUGGCUCUGUUUCCCAGAUUCUGGUGGUGGGAGCUACAGAAGGAGGCAGUUGGUGAAUAUGGUUUUGUGAGAACAACAAUAUGAGUUGGAUCCAGGAGAAGUAUCCCCUCCACCUGCUGGCAUGGAGUAACCAGUAUGUGGAGCUGGAGAAGGAAAUUCAGAGAAAGCAGCAUGAUAUUGACUUGGUAGAUCCACGAGGUCGGACUCCUUUGCACCUUGCAGUCUCUCUAGGGCACUUGGAAGCAGCUCGAGUCUUGUUACGGCACAAUGCCACUGUGAGCAAAGAAAAUGCCAGCGGCUGGACGGUUCUUCAGGAAGCAGUCAGCACAGGUGAUCCAGAACUAGUCCAGCUAGUCCUGCAGUAUCGUGACUAUCAGCGUGCAACAGAACGUUUGGCUGGUAUUCCUGAGCUGCUCAGGAAACUCCGCAAGGCCUCAGAUUUUUAUGUGGAAAUGAAAUGGGAGUUCACAAGCUGGGUUCCUCUUGUAUCAAAAAUCUGUCCAAGUGAUGUCUACAAGGUGUGGAAGAGUGGUGCAAAUCUACGCGUGGACACUACACUCCUUGGCUUUGAGCACAUGACAUGGCAGCGAGGGAGGCGUAGCUACAUCUUUAAGGGAGAAGACGAUGGCGCAAUCGUGAUGGAGGUUGAUCAUGACAAGCAAAUGGUGUACACCGAGACCCUCUCCCUCAUCCUCCAUGAGACUGAAAUGUUGCUGUCAGCCAUGCAGCCUACUGAAGAACACGUCGCCAGCCGCCUUACCUCACCCAUUGUCUCCACGCAUCUGGAUACCAAGAACAUUGCCUUUGAAAGGAAUAAAUCUGGAAUCUGGGGGUGGAGGUCAGAGAAGAGUGAAGUCAUCAGUGGUUAUGAAGCCAAGGUUUUCAGUGCCUCUAAUGUUGAACUUGUGACAAAGACAAGGAUGGAACAUCUCUCUGACCAGGAUAAAUCUAAAAGCAAAGGUACUAAAACCCCACUGCAGUCAUUCCUGGGCUUAGCAGAACAGCAUGUAUCUAAUAAUGGGACUCAUGUUUUGCAGUGUGCCAGCCCUACAAAUCCUACAGCCAUUACUCCUGAGGAAUAUUUUGAUGAGAACUUCAAACUUGAAGACCGGGAUAUUGGCAGACCAAUUGAGAUGACUAGCAAAAUUCAGAGGUUCAAGGCUCAUCUAUGGUUGUGUGAAGACCACCCACUGUCUUUGGUUGAGCAGGUCACACCUAUUAUCGAUCUUAUGGCCAUAAGCAAUGCCCACUUUGCUAAGUUGCGUGACUUCAUCACACUGAAGCUUCCUUCCGGAUUUCCUGUAAAAAUUGAAAUCCCACUGUUCCAUGUCCUUAACGCCCGGAUAACCUUCAGCAAUUUAUGUGGCUGUGAUGAAACUGUAGAAUCGGUCCAUGUUCAAUCUACAAGUUCAGUCUCAUCUCUGAGUGAUGAAAGUCCUGCUUCUGCUAGUGGUGCCAUGGGAGCCACACAAGCUUCAUCAUUUACUUGCGAAGUAGACCCAUCUGUAUUUGAGGUUCCUCAGAACUAUACUAUGGUAGGUGCUGGGAGAAGUGAACCAAUGCGGGAUGAAGAUGAUGACUUAUUGCAGUUUGCCAUUCAGCAGAGCCUUCUAGAUGCUGGAACAGAAACUGAUCAGGUAACAAUCUGGGAAGCACUGACUAACAGUAAGCCAGGGUCAAACCCACCACUUUACGAUGAAGAUUCACAGUUGGAACGGGCCCUUCAAGAAAGCAUGUUUCUGCAAGCAGGAGGGGGAACCAGCAACAGCAGAGGGGAUGAUAGUGGUGUCACUGGCAGUGAAAAUGAGCCAAAUAAUGCUCUCACCAGUACCAAUGGUAUUGUGACACCACCACCACCAUAUUCAAGCUUUGAUGACCAGCUCCGUCUAGCCAUGGAGCUCUCAACACGAGAGCAGGAGGAAAGGGAAAGACGACAUCGGGAGGAGGAAGAAGAAUUGCAGCGAAUUCUACAGCUGUCCCUAACCGAAAAGUAAUCUGAUUUCUGUCUGGCCAAGACAAGCAUUGAAUAGCAAAAAAUAAAGCAAAAAAAAGCCAACUUACCAUUGGCCAGAUCUACUUAAUUAUUUCUUUAUCAGUCAGACGAUUGCUUUCUUUUGGACACUGAAAUGCAGUUGUUAUCUAAUUUCUCUGAGUGAGUUGCUGUCUUGUACAGAAAAACAUGUAUAUGGUGAGUUUCUUUGUUUCAGAUCAGAUUAUCUUAAAAACCACUUUGGGAAAAAAAAAUGCCUCGCUAUUGUAGACCAAAUAAAUAAAUUAGUAAAACACAGAGAAAUAGAUUGCUAUUUAAUGGGAAACUACAACACAUUUUGAGGUACAAUUGAAGGAAUAAAAAUGGCAAAUCAUGUAAUUAGAAUUAGCAGUAAGAAGAACUGGCAACAUGCCAACCCUUAGUCAGCCAUUCCUGGCACUAAGAAUAAUGAUAAUGUCCACUGAUGACCUCAGAAUGUGCCUAUCAAUUUACAGAGAGGUCAGAGAGCACCACGACAGCUGAUAUGAAAGAUGCUGUUCAUUUGGGAUCACUUUUAGCUUAUUCCUCAAAAGUCCCAGAUAACCACGUGGCCAUUACUUUUAUUAGUCAGAAAUGAACACAUACUAUCUUUAUCUUGUAUUAACUUAAACCAAAGCGAGCCACAGCAUUGUCAGUUUUAAGGAAAAUGGUAGCUGGAUAGCUAUUUGAAUGACUUGUUUUACAUUGACGAGAGCCACAGCCAUGACAGGUGCCACAAAAGUUCGUAUCUGUCAGUAGAGGUUCCACUGUGAUACAUUCCUUUACUUUCUAGGAGGAUGAUGUCAGUCAUUUUGGUUGCUGACAGACUCAGCAUACUAUAGAGAGAUCCACAUUAAAAUGAAUAUAUGUACUUGUUUGUUUCUUGGUCCAUGUACUGACACUGGCUGUCACUAAGGGUUAUAACAGUAGUAAAUAUUUGCUGCUCCUGUGGGUGAUUGACACAAUCGAAAAUCAACUAAUGGCACAAAUAGCAUAUGUGUUUAUGCAUAUCUGAGGGGUGGCAGAAUCACAAGAUAAGUGAAAUAAUUUGGAAUGUGACCAUAUACAUGUCUUGUGUGCCUUUGGAGAUACUGUCAUGCUGUUUAGAAAAUGAAAAAAGAAUUUAGGUUGGAUGGUGCAAGUUUUGAUCUCUGUCUAAAGGCUAGGUUUAUUUUAUUAAUUUCUAAAUAUCUGUAUUAAGUGAGAUUUAACAGAGCUGACCUUGUGAUCUUUAUGACACGUGAAGUGGCAGUAAUAACAGUCGUUCUGGGAUGCUAACUUCCUCCAUGAUUUACCUAGUCCUGUGCCUCAGAAAAUUUCUCGAACGUUUUCUCCACAAAGCAUUUACUUUAAAUAUUUCAUUGGUGGUGGGUUUAAGCAUUAUUCAGAAAUGCAUGGACAGCUCAAGAGUGAGAGUAAUUUUUUUGUCACAAUUAACCAGUUCAUUAACAGAUUUUUGAACUGUUUCUGCAGCUCAAACAGAUUGCAGAAACAGUUCUGCAAUUUGAUGCUGUAAAAGUGACUUUACAGUAAAUAAUUUUAAUGGAAUGUUUAUGACUCAGAUGUGACACAUUUGUGGUUCCAUUGCUCUGCACUGUAAAACCAAGUUGCAGUUCUAAAGCAACUUUUAACACAAUUCUUCUGAAAUUGAAAAAAUCAUUUUGCAGUUUUGUCUCGGUACCAUGUAAAACUGACUUGCAACCUCAGAUCAAUUUUACUGAAAAUCUUUGUGACUGGUGUACAAUGCAUUUGCAGUUUUGUUAUAAUGUUUCAUAAAACUGAAUUGUAACUCCUGGAAAAUGGAUUUUGUAAGGCUUUAUAUGGAAUCUAAGAAUUCUUGCAAAGAUUGAUAAGAAUGUUGACUUAACGCAAAAAGUUUGUUGGGCCCCCCUUUUGUAAACUGUACUGUAGUGUAGAGUUUCACAGAAUAAAUUGAAUGUAAUUAUUCAGAAAAAAAGACAGAGCAUAAAAAUAUUGGAGGAUUAAGAUACUUAAGUGAGGCAAAUGAAAGAGCUACUAAAGUAUAUGGAGGUCUGUGUUCUACAGCAUUGAAGUCCUGUACUGUUAAAUGUCAUCCAUACGGUUAUCUGAUGAACAUCUGAUUUAGUAACAAAAGAGCAGUGGUGUGCAAAACUGUAAAAUUGAGCUGUACAUAUUAAAGUUCUAAUGCUGCUGACUUCUA